UGGCCGAGCAUGCAACAACAAGCAGCGUAUCCGCCGAGCUCGCUCCUCUGGCAGGUCGAGGCCGAGGUCGAAGCCAUCCGUCGGGAGCGAUCGCAUGGACCGCCAAGCUUCCUCUCGUCCAAGGACCUCCUCGACGCGCUCUGCCUGCGCUUCAACGUCAUGUCCUUCGCCGAGCUCAACCUCGGUGCGCCGUUUGCUGUGCCCGCGAUCCGCCAAGUGCUCGACCUCGAAGCGUCGCUGUGGGACUUUGUUGGGAUCUACGUCACGUCACGCGCUAUCUCAACGGUCAACGACGCCGAGGCCGGCUUCCUCGAGCUGCACCGCGUGCCGACCUUUGACACACUCGGGCUCGGCACGUGCUUUGCCCUCUCGCCGGCUGUGGCCUACCACUUUCACGUGCAGGGCCCGCCACCGAUCGCGCCGCUCUCGACCAAAGACGUGCUACUGCAUUUGCGCGACUUUCGCUUCGUCCACAAUCGGCAGACGCAGGACCCGGCCGUCUUCCUAGCGUACAUGGCCGGGACACUCCAGCAUCCGGUGGGCACCCUCGGCGUCGCGGUCGCCAACAUGGGCCGCUCGAUCGAGCUCAUGCGCCGCAUGUACAACGAAGAGCGCAAGGAGCUCCGGGAUCUCGAGAACGAUUUCCGAAAAGACAUCACCGCCCGUGUAUUUGAAAUCACAAAGACCAAAUUUAGCGCCGAAAACCGGGAAAAGGCCAUUGGCGACGCGCUUUCCGCCCAAAAUGUCGCAUUGCCCGAGGGCAACCAAAAGGCAAAUGUGGCCGCGCGCGUUGCGUCGUCGCUUCUGACGACAAUCACGCGCCUCGACGCCGAGCUCGACCAGGAGAUUGCGCGGUACCGGUCGCGCUUGCCCAAAAACGUCGCGUCGACGAUCGCAGCCAUGGACACCAAAUUGCGCGCCAAAGUCGUGCGCAAAAAAAUGGAAAAAUCGCGGUCCGCCACGGUCUCGUGGGUCCUCUGCAGCAUCAUGGCCAAAGCUCGCGUGCUCCUCGACACCGACAAGCUCGAUUCUGUGCACAAGGGCCAGCAGCGCGAAGCCGCCGCCAAAGAGGACGCCAACGACGAUGACGAGUGCAAGUGCUGCUGCGUCGGCAAGGACGCGUGCUCGUGCGCAUGUACCUGCAAAUGCCACGUCAUCGACGACGACGAUGACGCCGAUGACGACGACGACGAAGGCAGUGAGAGCGAAGACAUCAAGGCUUCCAUGUCGUUGCCGGUACCGCCGUCGUUGCCAGUGCUGGCGCCGACACCGUCCGAGCCGGUCGUCGAUGCCGCAACGCUGACGAAACUUCGAACCAAGCUUGAGCAGGUCUUUCGCGAGGACGACGACGACGACGUCGAUGUUCUGGCUCGUCUGCGCGCGAUUGAAGUCGAGCUGCAACUGCCGUCGCUUCUUGCUGCCGCAACAAACGUGGCGUCGCCGCCCCUGCAACUGCCUCUGAAGAAGCGCGGGUGCCCACGCACCUUACUGCCUCAAGUCGAGUCGCUCGUGUACCAGUGCCGCGUCGCGCUGCACGACUUCGCCUCGCCGCCGUUGGCGCCCACCGUAGCGCUAGUCACGGCCGCCGUCGGCGCCGAGCUGCACCUCUCGUCGGUGCCGACGGCCGCGCUUGCGUCCUUGCAGGCGCCGCCAACGACGCUGCUAUUUACACACCCGCUGCUCGCCUCAGCGCCGACACUGCCAACGCUCCAACGGUCGAUCGCCGAGCUGGUCGCCGCGCUCAAAGCACUUCCGUGCUUGGUCGACAUCGAGUCGGCGCUUGGCUGGUCGCUGCAUUUUGCCCACGAGCACGGACCCUUGCUGCCGUUCGUCCAGCACCAUUUGCCGCAUGUCCCACUUCUCAAAGUGCGCUCUGGCGCGUUUCUCAAGCUAGCUGCCACGUCGACGCCGGCGUCAAUUGCUGUGACCGGUACGACCGGCGACGACCUCGCCGUGCACGUUACCUCAAUGUUUGUGGCGAUGCGCGACGCGUGUCCGUGGACGCUCAUCGACUCUGCGAUCGUGGCGGUGCUCGAGCAAGUGCCGGCGCCGGUCGACGUGGUCUUGGCCGCGCUUCGCCGCCUUCCGCUCGACCUUGUCCCGCAUCUCGGCCCGCACGUGCUCCAAAGCCUUGCAACAGUCGUCCACUGUAUGCCCGACCAGCUCUGGCGCGCAGCAACCCACUGGGCCGACCAGCUGCGGUUGGCGCACUUGGGUGUGACCGCGUCCGUGCCGCAGUGGCAAGCGCACCUCGACGCGUUCUUUUCGAGCGGCCGCUUUGCCGCCUCGGCGGCAGUGUCGGCAUCGCCGACGCCGGUGCAAGCCGACGAGGUCCAAGCUCGUGCCGUCGCGACACCGCGUGUCUCGGUUGGCGCUACCUUGCCGUCGACGGCCGCUGUCGUCGCAACGUCCGAGGUGCAACCUGUCGACGGCGACGCGUGCCGCUCGCUCGUCGAAAGCAUUCGACGCGACAACUUUGGGAUUGGGCUGCCCGUGACGCCCGAGACGCAAGCCUUUCUGCAGCGCCAGCACCAGCGCCUCGAGCGCGCGCUCAAGCGCCUUAGCGAAGAGCUCUACGCCGCGUCGACGCACUUUGUGCUCGAGCUCAUCCAGAACGCGGACGACAACACGUACGCGCCCGGUGUCUCGCCUUGCGCGACGUUUGUCGUCACCGAUGACGCAAUCACGUUUGUCUGCAACGAAGUCGGCUUCCAGCCGGCGCACGUCCGCGCGCUCUGUGACGUCGGCGCGUCGACAAAGGCGAGUGCGACUGGGUUCAUUGGCCAAAAAGGCAUUGGAUUCAAGUCGGUCUUCACCGUCACGCACGCGCCCGAGAUCCACAGCAACGGGUACCACCUGCGCUUCGACGCCAACCCCCAGCAUAACCUUGGGCCAGACCAUGUGAGCUACAUUUUGCCGUACUGGAUCGACGCGCCGGCGUUCCCCGACUCGCAACAGGGCACGGUCAUGCACUUCCCGCUGCACGCGCAAGCCAAAGCGCAACUGCCGUCGACGUGCGCCCUCCUCGAGCGCAUUCAACCGUCCAUUUUGCUUUUCUUGCAGCAGCUCGAGUCGCUCGAGCUCACCAACAACGUCCUCUCGACACGCGUGCGCUUUCAAAAGACGUGGAACUCGCCGCAUCUCGUGACGCUGCACACGAGCGCGUCCACGUCCGAGCAAUGGUACGUGGCCAAGCGCGCGAUUCGGGUGCCGACCGCCAAUCUGCGCGAGCAGGUACCACCAGGCGCGUCGACGCUGCUCCAAGUCGCGUUUCCGAUCUCGGACGAGCACGUGUCGUCGCACCCGCUGCAGUCGGUGUUUGCCUACUUGCCGCUGCAAAGCUACGGCUUUCGGUGCAUUUUGCAAGCCGACUUUGAAGUGCCGUCGUCGCGCGAGGCCGUGCUCGACUCGGCGUGGAACCAAUGGCUCCUCCUCGAGUUCCCGUCGCUCUUUGUCGAGGCGUUCCUGGCCGUCGUCCAGUGCCAUCCGCACUUGAUCCGGCUGCUGCCGCUCCUCCACGACGUCCAGCCGCCGUUCCACGUGCUCGCCCAAGACAUUGGCAUUCGGCUGCAGUCGAUGCCGGUCGUGCAAAACGCGGCGGGCAAGUGGGUGCCGCCGUCAUCGGUGCUCGAUGCCAUGGAUCUCUUUGGCGACGACGCGCCGACGCCCUGCGACACCAUUCUCCGCGACAUCUGCGACAAGGACUACCUGCAUUCGUCGUUCAGCGCCUGGCUCUCGCCCGAGAUGAAGCGCACGCUCGGUAUCCAAGCGCUGAGAAGCGCGCAUCUCGUGCACAUCGCCAAUAGCGUGCACCCGUCGUCGCUUCCGACCGCGUACCAUGGCCGCCUGCUCGUGCAACUGGCGCGCCUCGCGCAGCGUGAACGGUCGACCACGGCGGUCGCUGCGCAGAUCCAGCACGUGCCGCUGCUGCCGCUGGCCGGCGACACCAAGACACUCGUGACGCCGGCAUCGACCGUCUUUUUGCCGACCGACGUCGUGUCGAUCGCCGUGCCCUUUGCCUCUGCGAUCCAGCUCUUGGCGCCCGACGUCGUCGAGCAGCUGCAGGCGACGCCCGUCGCGCGCGCGUUUGCGCUGGCGGCCGGUGUCAAGCCGAUGAGCGCGACCGACGUGCUGUUGCACCACGUCCUUCCGCGCGCCAAGGCAGCGAGCAAGAGCCAAACCGACCAGCACGCGGUCAUGGCCUUCCUCCUCGCCCACGCGGCGGCGCACGAGGUCUCACCGCCCGUAAUAGCGGCCAUCAAGGAGAGCGUCAGUGUACUCACCACGCGAGGUCACCUCGUACCGCUCUCGCGCCAGCUGUAUCUCGUCAACCCGAGUCUGCCGGACGCCAAAGCGUUCGACGCCUUCUCGGUGGUUGACCCAUCGAUCUACGGGGAGAAGGCGGCCGGGUUCUUCUCGACGGUCUUGCGCAUGCCCGUGCUGUUGAGCCUCGAUGCUGGCAACGACGACGUGCCUGGUCUUGACGCGAUCGUGGCGUACGCGGUGGCCACGCCCAGUGUCCCUGUCGCCACGGCACUGCUCCAGUACCUCGACCAAGCGUGGCGCCCGACGCACACUUCCUCGCUGCUCUCUGCAGUCUCGACGCUGACGGCGCACGCGUGGGUCCCCGUGCAGCACGCGUCAACCGUGGCACUCGCGCGACCGUCCGAGGCAUACGUCUGUUCGCCGUCGCUUCCUCGUCGCCUGCGCUCGCACGUUUCGGCCACCGUCGUCGAUGUGACCAACAAGGCGCUGAUCGCUGCGCUGCAGAUGCACCACGGCUUGUCGCCAAGCGACCUUGUACGGCUGCUGCAGUCGCCUUCGACGACGGACGCCGACGUCCACGUCAUUUACGAGCACUUGCAGACGCUGCUUCGGGACCUCUCGGACGCCGACGUUGCGUCGGUACGCAAAGCCUUUGCGUCGGCUCCGCUCGUGUUUGCGGGCGACGGCUCCCGUCGAACGCUGGCGCAGUGUGUGUGGAAGAUGCAUGACGUGGCGCUCCCGGGGCUCGUUGCGCUUGCCUCGGUCUAUCCCAAGACGCUCAAAGAGCUGUUUGUGCGUCUUGGCGUACCCACGCACCCGACGAUGGCUAACGUGCUGGCCGCGCUCGCGUCAAAUACCGUCGACAGCCGCCCGCAUUUGACGUUCUUGGCGGCGCAUUGGCAAGACGCGCUGCCCUUCAAGGCGACGCUCGAUACGCUUUCGUUUCUACAAGCGAUCAACGGCACCAUGGUCACGUUCGGCGCCGGCGCGUACUGGACGAAAGGCGUGCCGUCGUGGUUCGACGCGCUAUCGCUCAACACGCCGCUCGUCGACGUCGCGUCGGCCGUCAACGCGCCGUUCGAAGGGCUCGUGCAGGCGUGGCCGACCCACAACCUCGAGACAGCGAUCGUGUCGGCGCCGGCCGAGUGGUGUGCGCGCGUCGCGGUCGUCUGCGCCAACGCAACUGUGCGCGAGAGCACCAAGCACGCGCUCGUCCUCGACGUCCUCGAGCUCUUGAGCGAGCACAACGUUGCGUUGCCCGAGGCAAUGGCGCACGCGAUCUUUCCGACCCACGCCGGGACGUUUGUCGUCUUGAGCGACGCGCACGUGCUGGCCGGUGAUGACGCACCCUUGCCACUCGCGCUGCCGCAUCCAUCGCUGCUCGUGCUUCCGUACGAUGUCUCGCUCCGAGACUACUUGGUCGCGCAAGGCAUGCCGACGGUGGCCUACACGACGCACGUCGAGUGCGACGUGACGGUGCCGGACGAAGACGGGCUUCGGGACUACAUUGCGCGGCAAGUCGACCGCGCGGCGCUGCCGCCGCCCGCGACCACGGAGACGUGGGCGGCGUUGCUUGGGCGCCUGCGCUGUUCGCUUGUCUCGUCGCUCGUCGUCGAGUGUGCGAUCAACGGCGCGGUCGUGCAUCGGGAGCACCACGCGUCGUUCCUGCACGACCACCGCCUGUACGUGCAAGAGCCGUUGAACGAAUAUGUUGUGUUUGCGACGCUGGCCAACCACAUGUACGGAGCGUCGUCCGAGCUCGCCUCGUCCGUAGCCAACGCUCUCUUUGUACGGAGCAUGCAGCCCGAGUCGGCCGUGCCGCCGCCGCUCUGGAGCGAGGGCACCAAGCUCAAGCGCAAGCACGACUGGGCCAACCCGCAAGCGCUCGAAGCCCCGAGCAAGCGGGUCCGGCCGUCCCAAGGCACCAUGUUCCAGGUCGAGAUGCCGCACGCGGGCCCGUUGCCCGCCUACCAUGCCCAGCGUCCGCUCCAGCUCACGGAUGAGAUGCGCAUGGCGAUCGGGCGCGCCGGCGAGGCAUAUGUGUACGAGGUGCUCCACGCAUCGCUGGGGGCGCGUGUCGAGUGGAUCAACGCCGACGAAGAGACGGGCUUGCCGUACGACCUCUGCAUCAACCACGAGAGCGGCGGCCGCGAGUACAUUGAGGUCAAAGCCACGAGCACGUUCGACAAGCUCUCGUUCGAGAUGAGUGUCCAGGAACUCGACUUUGCGGCCGCGCACGGGUCGCAGUAUACGAUCUAUCGCGUCUUCCAGGUCAAGCCGCAUGUUGGCGCCGUCGUCAACUGCCCGAUCGUCAAGCUGCGCAACCCCAACACGCUCCUCCGACAAAAGAAGCUCAAGCUCUCGGUGGUCAUGGAUGCCAGUCUCGCCGUAAAAGCGUAAAAACCAGAGAAAAGACGAUUUUUCAUAUCA